CCGCAACUCACAUCUGGCUGGGGUUGGCGCUUUGUAUUGGUCCCUCUUUCUUCCUCUCUUCCUCUACUUCUGAGAGAAACCACGUUUCCGUUUCUGGGCAAAGAGACCUUUGAGGCAGCUGAGGAGAUAAAGGUGUUGGGACUGCUGUGGCUUGCACCUCCCCCUUUCCUCCUCCUUAAGUGUUUCCCCCUGGGGGACUUUUUUCUCCCUCGGGCUGUCUCUCUCUCUCUCUCUCUCUCUCCCUCUCUCUCUGCUUUGACACGUCUGUGCUUCCCCUCUGACCUAGCCUAGAAGAAGGCUCAGCCCCUGGGAGAUGCUCUAAGAGACGCCUCCCCGAGAGCCCUGGGAGGCUGGAGGAUUCCAUUGCACAGCCGGCUCAGCUGGAAGGAGGAAGAUGGGCUCCUGUGCACAGGGAUUCAUGCUGGGAUGCUGCCUGCUGCUGGCCAUCACCUGGGGCCCCGUCCUGAGCCUUGUGCCACGCGUUCAGGAGGAACAACAGGAGUGGGAAGAGACAGAGGAGCUGCCAUCUCCUCUGGAUCAUGUGACAAGGCCUGAAGAAACACAAGAGAAGUAUAGCCCUCGCCAGGGUGAGGACCUUCCCACUUCCCGGUGCUACCGAUGCUGUGACCCCAGCACUCCUGUAUACCAGACAAUUCCUCCACCCCAGAUCAACAUCACCAUCCUGAAAGGCGAGAAAGGUGACCGAGGGGAUCGAGGCCUCCAGGGGAAGUAUGGCAAAAUAGGUUCUACGGGUCCCAGGGGCCAUGUUGGCCCCAAAGGGCAGAAGGGAUCCAUUGGAGCCCCUGGGAACCACUGCAAGAGCCAGUAUGCAGCCUUCUCCGUGGGCCGGAAGAAGGCUUUGCACAGUAUGGACUACUUUCAGCCUGUGGUCUUCGACACGGAGUUUGUGAACCUCUACGAACACUUCAAUAUGUUCACUGGGAAGUUCUACUGCUAUGUGCCAGGCAUCUACUUCUUCAGCCUCAACGUGCACACUUGGAACCAGAAGGAGACGUACCUGCACAUCAUGAAGAACGAGGAGGAGGUGGUGAUCCUGUACGCGCAGGUGAGCGACCGCAGCAUCAUGCAGAGUCAGAGCCUGAUGAUGGAGCUGCGGGAGGAGGACGAGGUCUGGGUGCGUCUCUUCAAGGGCGAGCGUGAGAACGCCAUUUUCAGUGACGAGUUCGACACCUACAUCACCUUCAGUGGCUACCUGGUCAAGUCAGCCUCUGAGCCCUAGCGGACACUCCUAUGGAGCUCUCGUGGACUGCUGACCUCCUUGCCUGGCACCCUGACCUAUCCCCGCAUUCUACAGACACUGGAGUCCUGCCCCGGGCUGACCCCAUUUUCUCUCUGCUCCAUCCUGGCUUCCUUGGCCUUGGCUUCCAAAGUUUUGGCUUUUGACAAGAUGCCCUUGGCCACUGGGAAUCCCAAAGGACGGUGCGGUCCCAGAUCUGGCUGCUACCCUAAGCAGAGAGCUGCCGGCAGAUGAAAUCAUUGGGCGGGGAGCCUGUGAGGAUAUUGGGGGGCCUCCAGCUCCUUCUGUGUACACAGCCUUAGACGACCCUGUGCUGUGUUGUCCCGUGGCCACAGGGUGUUCCAGAGCACAGCCCCUGUGUGUUCCCAUUCCUGGAUGCAAGUAAGCAAAUAUCAUGGGUUUCUUAGGAACAAAGUCAAGCAGAAAAGAGAAAGAAAGGUGGUGUUAGUUUUGGCUUUCCAGCCAGCUGGAGGGAGGGAUGGAGAGAGAGAGAGAGAGAGAGAGAGAGAGAGAGAGAGAGAGAGAGAGAGAGAGAUUUGUAUUGGGGAAACUGAGGCACAGGAAAAGCAUGAAUGGCAACAGAGUAGCUGCAGUUUGUGGGUUUGAAAACCACAUCUGACUUAACUCUAGAUCACAUAUGAGCUUUCCUGGGGACAGCAGGACUGACCUCCGAGCUCUGUUGACAUGCUAUAGCCUUGCCCAGGGGCUGGUCAAUCUUUCUGAGCCACACUAGUAAAAGGGUUGGGGGAGAACACCAAGUGUCCCCUGUGGUUGGCUCUGGGCUGGUGGCAGCAUCCUGCUUGCCCCAACUCACAGGAUCCUGACAGCGGCUGGGAACCUCAGGGACUCCUGCAGCUUUCUCUGUAAGAAAUAAAGCUCCUACUAUGUACCUCUCUGCUCUGCUCCACUUCCCCAGUCACUCUGCACCCCAAGGUGGGAGGGAUCUCUUGCCUGUUGGGACAUCAGUUCCCCUUCCUCCUUCCUGGUGAAUUAACCAUGGGAGGACCAGGGCUCAGAUUUGGGUUCCCAAACUGCCCUUCACCAUCCCUGGUGUCCUGCUUCCUUCCUAGUUCAGCAUCUCGUCUGGGUACUUGAUGCUUUGAUGAGUCUGAUAGACCUGCCCAGCCCUCACACAGCCCUAGUCAGCUUGUGGACACGUGAGAGGGACUUCCUUUGGGACCCAGAGCUGGGGUAGAGCUAUAAAAAUCUACCUAUUCCUGGGUCAACUCCAAGUGGUAGAAGAGGACACAGGCUAUCCCACCGCUAGCUCAGACUCAGGGAAGGCCUCAGGCCUAAUUCUCUGAUUGCAGAGAACCUGUGUUCUUUCCCCAUCUCACCCCGUGUUGAUCCCCAGGGCCUGGGCCACUGGAUAUCUGCUUUGUGCCAACUAGGCCUUACUUGCUGCUUCCUGGUGGCCCUUGGUUAGGAUCCCUCUCUUUUCCUUCUGGAGCUCAAUGUAUGCAUAUGCCACCUCCAAAGGGGCUUCUGCUGGUCAGACUCUCCAAGCCACUUCCUUGGGCGUGCCUACAGCAGAGGCUGCUGCCUCCUGUGCUCUACCCUGCUCUUUCCAGAAAACAUUAAACUUGCCAUGGCAAUUCACAGCAAGCUGGCAUUUUUUGGUCUGCUCAUUGGAUAGAGUGCUCCUUCUUCCUUCCUCCCCAUCUAGAGUGCUCCUUCUUCCCUUUUCCCCAUCUAGAGUGCUCCUUGUUCCCUCCUCCCCAUCUAGAGUGCUCCUUCUUCCCUCCUCCCCAUCUAGAGUGCUCCUUCUUCACUUUUCCCCAUCUAGAGUGCUCCUUCUUCUGUCCUUCCCAUCUAGAGCACUCCUUCCCAUCUAGAGUGCUCCUUCCUUCUCCCCAUCUAGAGUGUUCCUUCUUCUCUCCUCCCCAUCUAGAGUACUCCUUCUUCCCUCCUCCCAUCUAGAGUGCUCCUUCUUCCCUUUUCCCCAUCUAGAGUGUUCUUUCUUCUGUCCUCCCCAUCUAGAGUGCUCCUCCCCAUCUAGAGUGCUCCUCCCCAUCUAGAGUGCUCCUUCUUCCCUCCUCCCCAUCUAGCACCCACCCUUCUGCUUAUUAAUCCAAUGGAGUCCUCAACUUUAUACUCAGGGACCUGUCGGGGCCCUAAUUGUCGCAUUCCUACCAAGGACACGAGGAACUCCUGAUACGGAGUAUCUAGAGCUGCCCAGUGUGUGGACAGGCCUGGAGACUCCCAGGAGGUAGAGGCUUGUUCUUCUGCACUGGAGUGUGAUCAACAGAGCAGGUAGCCCCUGGCCUGGCCUGGAGCCUGAACUGAAUGGCCAUCCUGGGGCUGUGUCACAAAGGCCCAGAAACCAGGUGGCUGCACACAGACAAUCUCUUCUCAUAAUUCUGGGAGUCAGAGUUCAAAAUCCAGCUGUAAGCAAGGCGGUGCUCAUAGCACUGGCUGGGAGACUGCUUCCUGCUGCCUGCAUCUCCAGACAUGCCUUGCCUGGAGGAAGGGAUCAUAUCUCUUCAGCCUUCCUGUCCUGACUCCACAUGACCUCCUUUCAAGGACACUUGGAACUGCAUUCAGGGUCUCCUUAAAUCCAGGACUCACUCUUUCCAUAUUCCACACAAGCCCAUCGGCUAGAGAUCUGUGAAUGGACACACUGACAGGUGCCAGAGGCCAGGGUGUGUGUGUCUCUACUGGGGAUCGCAGUGGAGCUUGCUGUGACAACUCAUGGGUUUGGACACCUAACAGUCUCUCUUUGUCUCUGUGGUGAAGGGUAGGCACUUCUUUUCACUACUGGCCAGCAGGUCAGUAGCCACACUCUCCUUUCCACCUUCCAGCAGCUGGCUUGGAAGCUGGAACCAGCAGCUUGGCAAACAGCUGGCCUUCUGCCUUUGCCUGGUGCUGGGAGCCCAUGUGGCCAUGCUCGGCCUUGGGAUGGGGCCACAGUAUAGCAGGUGGACACAGGGCCCUUAUUAAAAAGCAAGCUUCUUUCUCCACAGUAUAGAGGCUGUUGGGCAGAGAGAGGCCUUGCAGUUGCCUGGAUGUGGGGUCCAGGGCUUUUCCCAAACGGACCUAGAAGGAAUACAUCAGCCUCACUCAAGGGCCACUGGCUGCCUGCCCUCCUGUCCUGUGGGACGUGUACACUCGACCCACAGCUGGCCCGGUCACCACGGAGAAGAAGGUGGCAUUUGCUCUGGUGCCCAAGUGAUCCCCGUGACAGAUCUCAUGUAGGCCAGGCUGAUCUUAAACUCACUCUAUGAUAAACCUGACCUUGAACUCCUGAUCCUCCUGACUCCACGUCCUGAAUGCUGGGAUUACAGGUGUGCCCCAAUAUGCCUGACCUUUUAAAAUGUUAGCAUAUAUUAAUUAUAGAUAAUAAAGAGUUUUCUGAUGACA